AUGACCAGCAUUCCUGAUGCAUUAGAUUGGAGAUAAUAUGGAAUCGUUACUUCUGUAAAAAAUCAAAGAAGUUGUGGUUCAUGUUGGUCAUUUUCUACUACAGGAGCUGUAGAAUCACAUUGGGCUCUUAAAAAUGGAAAUCCUCCUCCCAUUCUUUCCGAACAAUAAUUAAUUGACUGUGCUUAAGAUUUUAAUAACUUUGGAUGUAAAGGAGGUUUACCAUCAUAAGCUUUUGAAUAUAUUUUCUAUAAUGGCGGGCUUGAAAGUGAAAAAGAUUACCCCUAUAUGGCCGCUACUAGAAACUGUACAUUUGACGCUUCAAAAGUGAGCGCUAAAUUAGAAGGAUAAUAUAAUAUUACUUUUUAAGAUGAAAAUGAACUUUUAUAUAAAUUAGCAAAUGAAGGGCCUAUUUCUAUAGCCUAUUAAGUUAAUAAUGAUUUCUUUUAGUAUAGAAGUGGUGUAUACUCAAGCCCUAGUUGUUCUUAAUAACCCAGCGAUGUUAAUCACGCGGUUUUAGCUGUAGGAUAUGGGGUUAGUAUUAGUGGAUAAUUAUAUUAUAUUGUCAAAAAUAGCUGGGGACCGGAAUGGGGAAUAAAUGGAUAUUUUUUGAUUGAAAGAGGAACAAAUAUGUGUGGGUUAGCUGAUUGUGCGAGUUACCCAAUUGUUUAAAAAAAAUAAUAGGAGAAUUGA